CACCGUGAUUGUAUCUACUUCCCCAAUCACAAUGAUCCCCACGGUGAGAUGUUUGGCCGCGAAGCCCUCGGGCUUUUUCAAACGCAGUAUAGAUGAGCUUAGCCGCGUCUCCAGAAUCGCUUGGAACUCCGAAGCCCUCCACACUCCGACUAAGCCCUACGUCCUCCUCGACUUCGAAGAUGCCUCCACCGUUGCCGGCUGCAAGACAAUGGCCGACCGCGCCGUCGGGGGCUUCAGCACCGCCAGCCUCGAUCAUAUCCCUGCCGAUCCGGCAACGAGCAGCCCGGCGCACGCUCGUUUCCACGGAAGCAUUUCUACCAAGUUGCCACAGAACUGGCGCGUCGAGAGAACCGGCUACGCCGCCUUCCGCAACCAAGACCGCGGCUUCUGGCUCUUCGGCCGACUCUUCUGGGAUGUCGACCCGUACGCCUACCUCGCGCUGCGCGUGAAAUCCGACGGCCGUCGCUACACGGUCAACAUCCAGACCGACUCGAUCAUCGAGACCGAUAUCCACCAGCACCGCCUGUACACCCGCCACCACCGCGUGCAGCACCAGCAGCAGUCGGACCGAGACCGAGACCCCUUCUCGCCUUUCACCACCGCCACCGAAGAAUCGCCCGAGCUUGCCGACAAGCUCUACCCGCAGGGCAUCAUCCCGGCCGCGCUGUCGGACGUGCCGCCGGAAUCGACGAUCAUUUCGGCAUCGAACAGUGUGACGACGUCCGGGGCGGCGGCGGACGCGACAGGGUGGGAGACGAUCCUCCUGCCGUUCAACGCGUUCGUGCGCACGAAUUUCGGGCUGGUGGUCGAGCCGCAGACGUCGAUCCUGCGGCAGCGCGUGAAGAGUAUUGGGAUCGGGUUGACGGAUCGUGUGGAGGGCCCCUAUGAUCUGCGGAUUCAUAAGAUCUGGGCGACGAAUGGGAUGAGUGAGGCGGAGAUCGAGGAGGAGAGGCGCAUCUGUGGGGCGGAUGCGUUGGAGGUCGAUGAGGGCGUGCGCACGAACUGGAUUGGUGAUAACGAACCGUCGUCGUCGGGGUCGGAGUCGGCGCCGAGUGAGGAUCAAGCUGCUACAGGUAGUACUCCCGCGGCUCCUGCUCCGGCCUCUAAAGGCCAGAAUAAGGGUAAGGGACUGAAGGGACUGCGUGAUGAAUGGAAUUGAACCCCCCUUUAAAA